UAGUUUGAUGCCAGAUGGAGAUCAGUAUUUUUCCACCAGCUCAGUGAAUAUCUUAUCAGUCUGAACCAGACCUGGCUGAUCUAUAAAGCUUCACAGCUCUCACUGUUUGCUUCUCUUUCACCACAACUCUGACAAUGAAGUCUCUUCAGUUCCUGCUGCUGUCAGGACUCCUCGUCCUCCUGAUUCCACUGGUGACCAGUGACUCCAGAAUUCUUGUGCUUCCUGUGGACUGUGGUGACAUCUAUAACGAUGACAACAACCAACCGAGUGGAGUGUACACCAUCUAUCCCAUCGGAUCCACGUCAGGAGUCCAGGUGUACUGUGACAUGGACUCUCUGGGAGGACGUUGGACGGUGUUCCAGAGGAGGAUGGAUGGUGCAGUGAACUUCUACAGGCCCUGGGAUCACUACAAGCUGGGCUUUGGUAACGCUGCUGGAGAAUACUGGCUCGGUCUCGAAAAUAUCUUCCAACUCACACUGAGGAAAAAGUACGAGCUGUUGGUAGAUAUGGAGGAUUUCAGUGGAAACAAGGUGUACGCUCGUUACUCCUCGUUUUCCAUCGACCCAGAAUCCUACGGAUACACACUGAAAGUGUCUGGAUUCACAGAUGGAGGAGCAGGAGACAGCCUGACAUAUCACAAUGGACAGAAGUUCUCCACUUUUGACAAAGAUCAGGACCCCUCAACUUCAAACUGUGCCAGAAAAUAUCUGGGGGCGUUCUGGUACAAUACUUGUCACUAUACAAACCCCAACGGAGUUUAUCGCUGGGGAGCAGACGAUACUAUCCCUGCUGUUGGAGUGCAGUGGUAUCAAUGGAAGGGUAAUAACUACUCCCUGAAGUCCAUCAGCAUGAAAAUCCGUCCUGUGCAGUAAAUCUCCAGGACAAACUUUAUUUUUUUUCCUAAUCUCAUUAAUUAUGUCGUUCUAUAUGUGUGAUUAGCAUGAGAUUAAAAUUAAACCUGAAACAAUGGAAACUGGACCUGUAACCAGACUCAGGUUGACUUGAAAAGUGUCAAUAAAAAUCUGUAGCUUGAGUGUGAGAGAAGGUUUUGGUUGGUUUUCUCUCCACACUCAGUCUGCUGUUGUAAACAAACUGUUUAGUUUCUGCUUAGAAUCAUUAUUAGCUUCAAUAAACGAAGAGCAAAGCAAAAA